CAUGCGCAGUGCGGCCGCACCCCCGGCCGCCCGCUCGGUAUUAUGAUUAGCCCUGGGUGCGGGGUUCCGGCGGCCGGGAGGGAGUUGUCGACGCCGCGGCCGCUGCGGACGGAUGCCCGCCUGCCGGCUGAGGAGAAGCAACAAAUACUGGUAACAGAGUGAUUUGGUGUAUGGUUUGCAAGAAUUCAUCUUAACAGAGAUACAGUGGAAAAGAAUAAAGAUGAGAAAAUGGCGUAGGCAGUCCCAAGAAAUCUGUUUUGAAGGUGAAAGUUGAAUUUGCAAAAAUAUGCAGCAUAUACUUAGACAGGUGCCCAGAAGGGAUGUCAGAUACCCUGGGACUGGAGUGAACAUUGGUUUUGGGAAUUGAACCCAGGUCCUCUGCAAGAGCAGUAAGCACUCUUAACUCUUUAAUACCAAUCACAUGUAUGCAGUUUCCUUGGCUUUAAGAUGAGACAAUCUGACCUCAGGAGCCUGUGACACAGUACAGUCCCACCUCCAUGAGUGCCUGUGGAAAGAUUUCAGUACCCAUUGUGAUGUUGACAAUGAAGGCCUUAUCUCCAGCAGAUAUGCUCAUAUGAGAAGAUCCACUUCAAGCACUUUAAGUAUUUUCCCUUUGCUGAACCAGCAUGGCAGGGUUCAAGCGAGGAUAUGAUGGGAAAAUUGCUGGAUUAUAUGAUCUGGAUAAAACCUUGGGUCGAGGUCAUUUUGCAGUGGUCAAGCUUGCCAGGCAUGUCUUCACAGGUGAGAAGGUGGCAGUGAAAGUCAUUGACAAGACAAAGCUGGACACUCUAGCCACUGGUCAUCUGUUCCAGGAAGUGAGGUGCAUGAAGCUAGUGCAGCACCCCAACAUUGUGCGUCUCUAUGAAGUCAUAGACACCCAGACCAAACUGUAUCUCAUUCUGGAGCUUGGAGAUGGGGGAGAUAUGUUUGAUUACAUAAUGAAGCACGAGGAGGGUCUUAAUGAAGAUUUGGCCAAGAAGUACUUUGCUCAGAUAGUUCAUGCUAUAUCUUAUUGCCAUAAACUCCAUGUGGUCCACAGAGACUUGAAACCAGAGAAUGUAGUCUUUUUUGAAAAACAAGGUCUUGUGAAGUUGACAGACUUUGGCUUCAGCAACAAGUUUCAGCCUGGGAAGAAGCUCACUACCAGCUGUGGCUCUCUUGCAUACUCUGCUCCAGAGAUCCUGCUUGGCGAUGAGUACGAUGCCCCUGCAGUAGACAUAUGGAGCCUGGGUGUGAUCCUUUUCAUGCUGGUGUGUGGGCAGCCACCCUUCCAAGAAGCCAACGACAGCGAGACACUGACUAUGAUCAUGGACUGCAAGUACACUGUGCCACCCCGUGUGUCUACAGGGUGCAGGGACCUGAUCACACGGAUGCUGCAGAGAGACCCCAAAAGGAGAGCCUCUCUGGAGGAGAUCGAAAGCCACCCUUGGCUCCAGGGGGUGGACCCCUCACCAGCCACCAAGUAUAACAUUCCCCUCGUGUCCUACAAGAACCUCUCAGAAGAAGAGCACAAUAGCAUCAUCCAGCGCAUGGUGCUUGGGGACAUCGCAGACCGAGACGCCAUCGUAGAAGCCCUGGAAACCAACAGGUACAACCAUAUUACCGCCACUUACUUCUUACUUGCUGAAAGGAUCCUGAGAGAAAAGCAAGAGAAAGAAAUACAGACCAGGUCUGCGAGCCCCAGCAACAUCAAGGCCCAGUUUAGGCAGUCAUGGCCAACCAAAAUUGAUGUACCCCAAGACCUUGAAGAUGAUCUCACUGCCACCCCUCUGUCACAUGCUACAGUCCCGCAGUCUCCUGCUCGGGCUGGUGACAAUGUCCUCAAUGGCCACAGGAGCAAAGGCCUGUGUGACCCAGCCAAGAAAGAUGAGCUUCCGGAGCUGGCUGGGCCAGCACUGUCUACUGUUCCACCCACAAACCUAAAGCCCACAGCCAGUGGGCGCAAGUGUCUCUUCAGGGUAGAAGAAGAUGAGGAGGAGGAUGAGGAGGACAAGAAGCCUGUGUCCCUAUCCACACAGGUGGUGCUGCGCCGGAAGCCAUCAGUCACCAAUCGUCUGACAUCUCGAAAGAGUGCCCCGGUGCUCAACCAGAUCUUUGAGGAGGGCGAGUCUGACGACGAGUUUGACAUGGACGAGAACCUGCCGCCCAAGCUGAGCCGGCUGAAGAUGAACAUUGCUUCACCAGGCACAGUGCACAAGCGAUACCACCGCAGGAAAAGCCAGGGCCGUGGCUCGAGUUGCAGCAGCUCUGAGACCAGUGAUGACGACUCCGAGAGCCGCCGGCGGCUGGACAAGGAUAGCGGUUUUGCUUAUUCCUGGCACCGGCGUGACAGCAGUGAGGGGCCACCAGGCAGUGAGGGCGAUGGCGGUGGCCAGAGCAAGCCUAGCAGCGGUGGUGGUGUGGACAAGGCCAGCCCAGGCGAGCAGGGCACAGGUGGCGGCAGCCAGGGAGGCUCAGGUGGGACCCCAUCGGGUACAGCAGGCUCCUCACGGCGCUGUGCAGGCCCCGACUCCUCCUCAUCCUCCCCCGCCUCCGCCUCUGCCGCUCCACGUGGUGCAGAGCUUGUACAGAGCCUCAAACUUGUGAGCCUGUGCCUAGGCUCGCAGCUGCAUGGCGCCAAGUACAUUCUGGACCCGCAGAAGGCCUUGUUUUCCAGCGUGAAGGUGCAAGAGAAGUCCACUUGGAAGAUGUGCAUCAGCGCCCCAGGCCCCAGCCCCUCCGCCGACCUAGACCCGGUGAGGACCAAGAAGCUGAGGAACAACGUGCUCCAGCUACCUCUGUGCGAAAAGACCAUCUCCGUGAACAUCCAGCGCAGCCGCAAGGAGGGGCUGCUCUGCGCCUCCAGCCCCGCCAGCUGCUGCCACGUCAUCUGACCUGUGAAGCCUCUCACUUCAUCUGUUCUGACGUGACAAUGCAUGGUCUUUGUGCAUGCUGCUACACGCUACUUUUCUUUUCCAGCCGAAAAGUCUACUGUGUGAUUUUACAUUCAUGAUUUUCAGUGUGGAUAACCAGGAUGAAAUUGUGUAUCUGGAACCCAACGUAAAUGAAGCGCUUAGAAAUUCAUGUUCUGCACUUAACCUGGAGGGAAAAUGCUUUCGUUUCCUUGUGAAAAGCCCAAAUUCCUGUCCUGACCUCCGGUGAUAGGGAAACUCCAUGCUCUGAGGCACACUGGUGCCCAAGACAGAACCAAAGCAAUAACGUGGUGAUGCCCACAGGCCUGGGAGGAGCGACCCCGCUGCCAGCCACCCAAGGCCUGUGCACGAUAGCGUGGCGAUGCCCACAGGCUUGGGAGGAGCGACACCCGCUGCCAACCACCCAGGGCCUGUGCACCGAGAACCUUAGAGCCACGGUUUGAGCGCCCGCACCUGUUUGUCUUAAACAAUAGUAUGAAAGCAGUUGGGGCUCUUUUAUUUUCACUGACAGAGAUUUUCUUGUUUGUAGUAGGUGAGAUCAGCUACUUAGCUUUGUGAGGCAGCUUACCCCAUAGAAUUACAAGGAGACAAUCUUUUGUGAGGCGAUGAGGUAAACUCAAGUCUUAACUGUACUUAGAGUGUGUAUGUCUGUCUGACAGAUCAAAAAAAAAAAAAAAAAAAAAAAAAAAAAAAAAAAAAAAAAAAAGAGGCUCUAUGUAAGUUUCCCCUGCAGGACACAAGGCAGGAUUUCCUUCAAACCUGUGUGGAGAGAAGUGGGGGGCCUGCUGCAGUAGCCACAGUGCACACAGGUGGCAGCCAAGUCAGAACUCUGACGAGGAAGCAGAACUUCCUGAGGCUUUUCAGGAGCUUGGUGGUGAGGUGGCCUCAGGUUUCUUCCAUUCCAUGGCAGCAUUUGGCUCAGCUGUGAAGAGCAGCUGAUAAGAAACUACUCAGGAAAGGGUAGUGCUCGAAGCACUGUGCUGCCUUCCUGCCGCACGCUGAGCAUGGAGCUCUAGCCCCCAGCCUCUCCCGCACCGGCGACUCCAGACUGAUAGCUAUCUCCAGAGGCAUCUCCUCUCGAUGCCUGUCCUCCCUGAUCUCGGGAAGCCCAGAUGCUGGGUUUUCACACGGUGCCCUAGGGGGUUUGAAAGCAGUGUUACAGUGGCCUGUGGGGUAGGUACAGCUGGCCCAGGGUCCUUUCCUCACUCUUCAGCUGCUGCCCUGUUCCUGGGUGACACAGAGUGCAGCUGAGCAUGUGAUUCAGAGCAGGCGGGGCGCAGGCCACCACUUUCUUGAGUGCUCGGUGACUGCUACUUUCGGGUUAGUGUAUAUUAUUCAGAACUUCACAGUGUAACCUGACUUUACUAAGUAAAAUGAUACUUAAAAUACUUCCUAGAGCUAGCUAACUGCUUGUGCUUUAAGCUGCAGUCCCAGUCAGUGUGACAUUCACAUAGUUGAGAGCUGUGAGGGUAGAUGUGCUUUAAGCUACAGUCCCCAGUCAGUGUGACAGUCACAUAGUUGAGAGCUGUGAGGGUAGAUGUGCUUUAAGCUGCAGUCCCCAGUCGGUGUGACAGUCACAUAGUUGGAGCUGUGAGGGUGGAUGUGGGUAAAGCCAUAGAGCACAUUUGCUUGAAAUUCUUAAGCAGGGAUCUUCCAAGGGCCAGAAACCAGUGUGGUUCUCAGAGACAGAACCACAUCUGUGGGAGCCAGGAGAGAUGUCUAUAAGGGGCAUUGCAAUAAACUGUCGCAGCUGUUUUCCAAGUAAUGUACAUACUCUUCUGUGGUCACGUCCAGCCUCGGAGUGGCGCCUCUGAACUCAACCGUAUCCGUUUGGUCUCCAGUGGUUUUUAUAUUCAGGUGUAUAUACGGUGCUCACUUUAGAUCAGCAGUGUUGGCCAUUUAUGCUGCAGAGCUGUGUCAUAGCCUUAUUAGUUGUGUGUGGUUGGUGACCCUCUGGGCACACAGUGUCUGUUGAGUGCUGUCUUACCCAUUUGUUGACAAGUGGAUGUCUGUGCAUGUGUUGUAUGUCAUGGGGUGUUGUCACAGAGGGUGGGAGCAGAACCAUCACACCAAUAGUGGACCAAACUACUUCCUUGCUCUAGCCAGUGACUUGUCCCCUAACCUGUCUUCAGAAGUCACAUAGAGUUACAGUAGUGUAUAAAUUAAAUAUUGUGGGAAAAGUUAGUCUUGUAUUUUUCUGUGUGUAUAUAUAUAUAAUUAUGUACUUCUGGAAUUCUAUCUGUAUUUAAAGAUGUGACAAUCUUGACACCAAUUUUAAUAGUCAUGAGCCUGAACAAAGAUGUCCUAGGAGCCAGAGUUGGUGUGUGCUGAGAGCACAGACUUUUCAGCUAAUUGGUCAGUUGCCUCUAGUUCUGGCCAGUCUUUUUCCUUGUGUGAACAUUGACAGGUAUGUGACAGAUGAGAAAUAAUCCAGUAAUAAAGUGACAUACUGAUGUUCAGCAAUA